AUGGUUCUUGCGAGAAAGGUGAAAGAUGUUGAUGAUGAGAAGUUUUUCUGGAUGGGUAAGCGUGGUGGAUUUGGUGGUGCGUUUGGAGCGGGGUAUGGGGGUGGAUUUGGUGGCGGCAUUGGAAGUGGAAGUGGUUUAGGUGGUGCAGGAUUUGGAAAUGGAGGAGGAAUAGGUGGAGAGGCUGGUGGUAUUGGAGGUGGAGUUGGUGGUGGCUUUGGCAAAGGAGGCGGAGUUGGUGGCGUAGGAGGAGGAUUUGGCAAAGGUGGUGGAAUUGGUAGUGGUGUUGGAGGAGGAUUUGGAAAGAGUGGUGGAAUUGGAGAAGGGAUAGGCAUUGGUGGAGAUUGCAUUGGCAAAGGUGGAAGUGUUGGUAGUGGUGUAGGCGGAGGAUUUGGUAAAGGUGGAGGCAUUGGAGGUGGAAUUGGAAAUGGUGGAGGAGAUAGCAAUGGAGCAGGAGGAGGAAUUGGAGGCGAAUUUGGCAAAGGUGGUGGUGCUGGAGCUGGAGCUGGAGGCGGAUUUGGCAAAGGUGGUGGUGAAGGAGGAGGCUUUGGCAAAUAUGGUGGAUUUGGAGGUGGUUUUGGUGGGGGAGUUGGAGGUGCUUUUGGUGGUGGAAUUGGUGGACAUCACUAA